CAUCUGUAAAUAAACUGACAUAGUCACACACCACCAUUUUCACACAGUUUCACACUCAAAACACACACACAACCCCAGAUCUUCACAACCUCCCCAAAUCUUCAUCAUCAGUCAAAUUCCUUCAAAACCCAUCUCAAAUUCCCUCUAAAUCACAAAACCCAGAAACCAAUUUGAUCAAAUCCAACCCCAGAUCCAUAAAGAUCCAAUCUUUAAAAAAAUAAAAUGGGGAAAGGUGGUGCCUUGAGUGAAUCUGUACUAAAAAAGAUCAUACUUUCUUACACAUAUGUUGCCAUCUGGAUCUUUUUAAGCUUCACUGUUAUUGUGUACAAUAAAUACAUCUUAGAUCGAAAGAUGUAUAAUUGGCCUUACCCAAUUUCUCUAACAAUGAUUCAUAUGGCUUUUUGUUCUUCAUUAGCUUAUGUUAUUAUAAAUGUUUUUAAGGUUGUUGAGCCUGUCCAGAUGACCAAAGAUGUUUAUUUGAAGAAUGUUGUCCCUAUAGGUUUGUUAUAUUCUUUAAGUUUAUGGUUAUCGAAUUCGGCUUAUAUAUAUCUGUCUGUUUCCUUUAUCCAAAUGCUUAAAGCCCUUAUGCCUGUAGCUGUUUAUUCAAUUGGGGUUUUGUUGAAAAAAGAAGGGUUUAAAGGGGAUAUUAUGACUAAUAUGUUGUCGAUUUCGUUUGGUGUUGCCAUUGCUGCUUAUGGUGAAGCACAAUUUAAUACUUUUGGUGUUAUGUUGCAACUCGGCGCGGUUUGUUUUGAGGCGACCAGGCUUGUUUUGAUACAGAUUUUGUUGACUAGUAAAGGAAUUACGUUUAAUCCUAUUACGUCGUUGUAUUACGUUGCGCCUUGUUGUUUAGCGUUUUUGAGCGUGCCUUGGUUCAUUGUGGAGUUGCCUAAAUUGAGAGAUACUUCGAGUUUUCAUUUGGAUUAUUUGGUGUUUGGGACUAAUUCGUUAUGUGCUUUUGCGUUGAAUCUUGCGGUGUUUUUGCUUGUUGGGAAGACGUCUGCUUUGACUAUGAACGUUGCUGGGGUUGUUAAAGAUUGGUUGUUGAUUGCAUUUUCGUGGUCUGUGAUUAAGGAUACUGUGACACCGAUUAAUCUUUUUGGGUAUGUGAUUGCAUUUUUGGGGGUCGGGUAUUACAAUCAUGCUAAGUUGCAGGCGCUUAAGGCUAAAGAAGCGGAAAAGAAGGCUGUGAAUGCUGAUGAUGAGUCUGGGAAGUUGUUAGAAGGAGAAGGAGAGAAAUCAAGCAGGAAAAACGAGUCUGAUAAUUGAUACAUAUUGAGAGGACUCAAGGAGUAGAGACAGAAAGAGAUAAAAGAGUCAUUUAGGUACUUAUUAUUGUCCAUUUUAUGUUUUUAAUUAAUUUAUCUGUUUUAUGUUUGUGUAAUGUUACUCAAUGUUCUUGGGCUAUUGCGUUUGAGGAUUUUGUCUGAGUAGCUCGGAAAAGACUUGUUAUAUUUUGAUAUGUGAUGUGAUACGUAUUUAUAUAA